AUGUGUAGGAUAAUUUCAUUGCCUGGAUUCUUUCCAUUCAGUGUGAAGGUGCGUCCGCCAAUUGUGGAGAAUUGGGAAGAGUGCUGUGCUACCAGCAGUGAAUUUUACAGGAGGCCAGACGCUAAGGAAAAUCCAGAAGCAAAAAAACCAGUAAACAAGUUUGCAAUUAUUCCAGCACCUUCCCAUGAGCAGUGCUUUCUAGAUUGGGUUUUUAAGACCAAACGGGUCCUAAAAAAGCAUGUGGACACGUUCAACGUGAAAACGGCGGGCGUCCGUAAUAAGAAUAUUUUGCAACUUCGCGAGAAAAAGAAAAACAACUUGUAG